AACCUAAGAGUUGUUGCACAAGGAUCAGCUGGACUAGCAAAAGAGAUGGAGCUCAGACCACGGCUUGUGAGUAGGGGGGACACAAAGAGUCACAAUCCUGGGUUUGAAACAAAUGCACCUGCUGAUGUUUAUGAUCAGGCCACCCCCUCGUCCCUCUCUCCACUCGCCCGUCUCUAUAUCUACGCCCUGCAUGGGUGUGCAUGUGAAGUGGCGUUCACUGCUGCCUGGAACUGGUACUACACUCGUGACCAACGGCUACCAGGCUACACCAGUCUGUGGGCACUCCUCAUCUACAGCUCUGCCAUCUUCCUCAUGGAGUUCAUGAGUGCAAGGCUGCAUCAGAGACACUGCCCCCUACUGCUCCGAGUGAUUGUUUACACUUUGUUCAUAUACCUGUGGGAGUUUAGCUGGGGGUUCGUGCUGAGAUUGUUGGAGGCAUGUCCCUGGGACUACUCAGAUUUCAAAUAUAAUCUAAUAGGACUGGUGACACUGGAGUACGCUGUGCCUUGGGCCCUAGCUGCUCUUGUAGCAGAGAAACAUGUUAUUAGGAACACCCUGAAGAUACGACUAAAUGGGGAAUCCGUACUCUCUAGGUGAUGAGGCAUGUUCCCCAUGCGCUCUAAUUAGAGAUCCAGUGCAGGCUUGGUAUUUACUUUACUGUUAGAAGUAUCACAGUGAUGAUUUCUGUACUUUUUACAUGAGUGGCAGCUGCAGACUAGAUAGUGUCAAUCAACACUGAAGUUGGACUAAUACUAUGACAAUAGAUACCUCACUUGAGAGACAAAUGUCAAAAUGUCUGACAUGCACAGUUUUGUCAAAGUUACUGAGGUGCACGUUGACUUUCAAAUAUAGCCAUAACUUCCUCUGGUAAACUUUGAUUUAUAUUUGUUUCAAAUGGGUACAUUAAAAGGGGUUUCUACAGAUUUUUCACAAAUUCUGCACAAUUAAAUGAGAUGUAAGCAAAGUUAUUAGAGUGUUUUAAUGGGAAACUGUUCACAGUAGAGAAACUUACCAACUUCUUUACAGUGGUGGUGACAGGAACCAGGGGUCACAAUGUCUAUAACGCAAAUAUAGUCAUUCAACUUGCUGUCUAAAAGAGUGGUUCUCAACCUUUUCCACCCCAAGGCCCACCUGUUCAUACAUACAAAGCGAAGAAAAUCACUUUUUAAAUAAACCUCUAUAAGGGCCCUGCCUGCGUUGCCAGCCACCAGCAGAGGGCGACAGUGGCGAGGCACCACAAGUUCAGGGAACUCCAAUUCCCAGAAGCCCUUGGGCUGAUUAGACCCAACCUGGCACACCUGUGGACUCCUCUACUAAAGGCUGUGGCAAACAGCAGUUUUUUUUUGGAAGUAGGCCAACAUGUGUUUUUGCUGGUCAACGAUUCAGCUGUUUGUUGCCGACCCGAAUAUGGGUGGAAUAUUUAUACAUAUGAAAAUGGAGUGAACUAAAGAAAACGUGAUGGGUCAUCACCAAACAAGGUAGGCGAAAGAACCCUGAUGAGCUUCUCUGGCACAUGUCUGCGUCCAGUACGAACUCCUGCCUCCCCCUGAGCACAGGCCUGCAGAUCACCUGAGUGUGCUUCAUGGCCCACUGGUUGAGAAACCCUGGUCUAAAAUGACUACUGAACCUACAUGUGUCUUCACAGCUAUUUUAUGUAAUGUUGACAGUAAUAAAACAGCAGUAAAUCCAAAUGAUAUUUUCUUUGAGGAACAUUGUCUUACAGCUCCUUGCUUACACCUCUUCGCCAUGAAUUCAUGGA